CACUAGCUUCCAAAAACCCAUGGCAUUCACUAGCUUCAAAACAAUAUUUUGUCCCGUUUCUCUAUUUGUGUUGGCCAUGUUACAUUUUUCCUUUGUUGCUGAUUCUGUUUCUGUGGACAACAAAACCGAGAUAGAUGUUCUUCUCAAUUGGAAAGCCAGUCUUAAAAAUGAAAACCAGUCACUCCUGCCUUCAUGGACUCUCCUUCCUAAUAAUGCAACCAAUGCUUCCAACAAUCAAAAUGUAAGCUCAAAUCCAUGCAGUUGGUUUGGCGUUUCUUGCAACCAUGCAGGAAGUGUUAUUAGAUUAAACCUGACUAACUCAGGCUUGAAAGGUACGCUCCAUGAAUUUUCAUUCUCGUCACUUCCAAACCUUUCAUUUGUUGACCUCAGCAUGAAUGAACUCUUUGGUACAUUCCCUAUUGAUAUUAGUCAUCUAUCCAAACUCAUAUAUCUUGAUCUAUCCUAUAAUAACUUAUCGGGGAAAAUCCCACCCCAGAUUGGCCUACUGAUCAACCUUGAGGUCUUGCAUCUAGCUAAAAAUCAGUUGAGUGACUCAAUUCCUCCAGAAAUAGGUAAUUUAAGCAACUUGGCUUAUUUGUACCUCUAUGAUAAUCAACUUUCCGGUCCCAUUCCUCCACAAAUUGGAAACCUUACCAAUUUAGUUGAACUUGACAUUAGUAACAACAGUUUAAAAGGUCUCAUCCCUUACAGUAUUGGAAAAUUUGAAAAGCUAACGUUGUUACAUAUGAACCAAAAUCAGCUCUCCGGUUCCAUCCCCCUAGAAAUUGGAAAUCUGAAGUCUCUCAUAUUCUUAAGCCUUCAUACAAAUCACCUCUCUGGCUUAAUCCCCACAUCUUUGGGUUCUCUUAGAAACUUGACUGUUUUACACCUAUACAACAAUCAACUUUCUGGUAUCAUUCCUGAAGAAUUAGGAAACUUGACAUCCAUAACUGAUCUUGAACUGAGUAGAAAUCAGUUGAAUGGUACUAUUCCAAUUUCCUUUGGUAGGUUGAGUGGCUUAAAAGCUUUGUACCUCCGUGAUAACCAACUUUCUGGUCCUAUUCCACAAGGGAUCGGAAACUUAAUGAAGUUGACUGCUCUAUUGCUAGAUGCCAACCACUUCACUAGCUUUUUGCCUCAAAACUUAUGCCAAAGUGGGUCUCUCCAAUUACUAAGGGCAGACAACAACCAUCUCACAGGUCCAAUACCAAAAACCUUGAGAAAUUGCACAAACUUAAUUAGAGUCCACCUGGAAAGAAACCAACUCUUUGGAAAUAUAUCUGAAGAUUUUGGUGUCUACAGAAACUUGCAGUACAUGGACCUAAGUUUCAAUCGAUUUUAUGGUGAAAUCUCACAUAACUGGGGCAAGUGCACACAACUAACCAGUCUAAAGAUUGCUGGGAACAAUAUUUCUGGUGGCAUACCACUUGAAAUUGGAGACUUAGUUCAACUCCAAUUACUUGAUCUUUCUUCUAAUCGUUUGGUAGGGGAGGUUCCAAAGGAAUUUGGAAAGUUGACUUCCAUGUUGAAUCUCUUGUUGAAUGGAAAUAAACUUUAUGGUGGUUUACCCUUGGAGCUUGGGUCAUUAAUAAAACUCGAGUAUCUAGAUCUAUCCGCUAAUAGGUUUGGCAAAUCAAUUCCGAGAGAUAUAGGGAACCUUUUGAAAUUACAUUACUUGAAUAUGAGCAACAACGAGUUCAUCCUCAACAUUCCAGUUCAAAUGUGUGAAUUAACUCAUUUGUCCCAGCUAGAUUUGAGCCUUAACUCACUUGAAGGAGAGAUACCUUCACAAAUCAACAAUAUGCAAAGCUUGGAGCUGUUCAAUUUAUCUCACAAUAAUUUCUCAGGUUUUAUUCCAGCUGCUUUCGAAAAGAUGCGUGGCUUGUCAUUUGUCGACAUAUCCUACAAUGAGUUGGAGGGUCCUCUUCCGAAUAGCCGAGCAUUUCAAGAUGCUCACAUUGAAGCACUACAAGGUAAUAAAGGAAUAUGUGGAAAUGUUAUGGGAUUGCAACCUUGUAAGGUAGAACAUAUUUCAAAGAAGGGUCUUAAAAUCAUUUUCCCUCUCUUGGGAACACUUUCACUUGUAUUAGUAUUCUUGGGAAUUUACUUCACUUUAAAAGGAAAAAGGCGAAAUCCACAAACAAAGCGAACAAAAGACAUGGACAAGGAAGAAGUGUUUACUCUAUCAAAUUUUGAUGGAAGAAAAUUGUACCAAGAAAUCAUUGACGCAACCCAGGGUUUUGAUGCUAAUUUUUGCAUUGGGGAGGGAGGAUAUGGAACCGUCUAUAAAGCCAAGCUAAUAUCAGGAGACAUAGUUGCAGUGAAGAAACUCCCAUCUUUGCGUGACAGUGAGACUUCACAGCAUAAAGAGUUCUUAAAUGAGAUCAACGCAUUAUUAGAAAUCCGACAUCGAAAUAUUGUAAAAUUGCAUGGCUUUUGUUCACAUUCACAAUUCUCAAUUUUGAUUUAUGAGUACCUUGAAAAGGGUAACUUGGCCUCAAUUUUGAGCAAUGAUAGAGGAGCUAAAGAAUUGGAUUGGAAUAAGAGGGUGAAUAUCAUCAAGGGUGUGGCUCACGCGUUGUCUUACAUGCACCAUGAUUGCUCUCUGCCAAUUGUUCAUAGGGACAUAUCAAGCAAAAAUGUUUUGCUAGAUUCAGAGUACGAGGCUCAUGUUUCAGACUUUGGCACUGCUAAGAUUCUUCACCAAGACUCAUCCAAUUGGACUUCACUUGCUGGCACAUAUGGAUAUGUUGCACCAGAGCUUGCUUAUACAAUGAAGAUAACUGAGAAAUGCGACAUGUUUAGCUUUGGAGUUUUGGCUAUUGAAGUGAUCAAAGGUAGGCAUCCUGGUGAAAUCAUCUCCAUUCUAUCUACUUCAUUCGUGGGGGAGAAUUUGUUGUUGAAUGAUUUGUUAGACGUACGCCUUCCUCCUCCCACUCUUGAGGUUGAGAAUCAAUUGAUACUCAUCAUAAAGUUGGCAAUUGGAUGCUUGCAUGCUAAUCCAGAAUCUAGACCAACUAUGCACAUGGUCUCUCAGGUUUUAUCAAGUUGAAGUGCACUUUCCUAGAGCGAUCACAGUCUGACUAGGACAGGCAAGGAUAUGUAAUAAGACACUAUAUUCUGUCAAAUUCAUGCUACUGAAGGAAGUUGUUUGUUUAAGAUUAUGUAAUGCCUAGAGUACCACUAGAUGUUUAAUUGCAAGUAUUAAUAAUGUGCAUUUGGUAAAACAAAUUUCAAGGCACUGUG